AUGAUUUGCUGUAAAACUAGUGCUCUUGUCACUCUGGACAGAUUGAGGAAUGCCAUAGUGGGAAAUGAACAUAAUGAAGGCUAUACGAAUGGCAAAAUGAUAAACAAAUAUUGGUUAUCCGACUUGACUUUUGGCAAUGGUCCCACACAGUCGAUAAUUCGGAGACGCCCUCGAAAGUUCAGAUGUGACAAUGUCUCGUGUGUCCAUGAGGGAAUUAAAACCAGUGAUGCUACUCUCGAAAGCGAGGUAGUAGGAUCACGGUCACUCUUGGAUGACAGCGAGGGUCACUCUGUCAAUCAACGAGAUAGAACAGGAGCAAGUGAACGAACGUUCAUAGAUCUUCCCCCAUUUUGUAUGAACUACCUGUGCAACCUGUAUGAAAUUGCCGGACGUAACCCCACAUCAUUGCAGCGGGUAGCACCAAGUCUCCCACCAGAUGUAGCCACAUGUCUGUUGCAACAGACGACAAUGGUUGCAUCGUCCUCCGUCCUGUGUGGGAGCAUUUGCUUUAAUAAUCCCAACUGCACACUCUUCUGUGUCUUGGAUAAUGUGUGCAGCUUGUUCAGUGCUCUAGUGUCUAACUUAUGGCCGGGCAGCUCAGCAGUCAACGCUCUACACUUCAACAAGUGUUUCAGUAUUCUCCCACCAGCCAACAACAUUCCUUCUUACUCAAGUGUUACAAGUAGUGGGCUAAAUCCACUUAAUGCUAUCAAAGGCUACAGUUGUUCCAACCAAUCCUGUUUCUUGGUUACCUCUGGUUACCAGAACGUUUGGCAGCUUGAAUUUCCGCAGAGUCUCACUUACACCCGCGUCAUUAUUAAACAAGACCCAAGUAUUCUCUUCCAUGUUGAGGUGCGGGUUGGAAAUAAUUCCAACUCUAGUAACAACAACAGGUAUGGUUACAUCUUUCCACCUCCAAAUGGCUUAAUAAUAAUUGACCUUCCUAAUACAGCUAUAGGAAGAUUCUUCACACUUGUUGGAGAAUAUUAUACGUUGAACCUCUGCUACGUCCAGAUCUACAUCCAGUGA